AUGACCGCAAAAGAAGUUGUGAUAAUGAUGAUUUUCAUCUUUUACUCGGUCGACGUAGCGUUUCAACAGAAGCCAUGCGCCAAUCCCAGCAUGUUCCGUUGCUCUGACGGAAAGUGCAUAACCAAAAGAUGGCUCUGCGAUGGAUUAAAGGACUGCAAGGACGAAUCAGACGAAAAAAACUGUCAACCAACAACAACAACAACAACUGUCCGAUCAACUACAACUACAACGACUUCGCAAUGUCCUCCUGAUCAAGUUUUGUGCCCCGGAAGUUCUCAAUGUAUCAAAGUCACUUCCGUGUGUGAUCGAUCUACGGAAUGUAGGGAUAAUUGGGAUGAGACGGAUUGUCCUCAAAAGCUAGUUUGCAUGCAGUCCAACAAUGUCUGGUGCUCCAACACGUCAAAAUGCAUCUACAAGGAUAAGAUCUGUGACGGUUACAGCCAAUGUCCGGAUUAUUCUGACGAAAAGAACUGCGUUUGCCAGCCCCACCAGCACAAAUGUUCAACGAGUGGCAACUGCAUCAGUCGCGAGUGGCUGUGCGAUGGCGUCAAGGACUGCCCGCAAGCUGAAGACGAGGAAGAGACUAGAUGUUCCCAGUGUAGAGCAAAUCAAUUCAGAUGCAAGAAAUCAGGGAUGUGCCUACCGAGUGAAGCUCAAUGUAACGGUACAUCCGAAUGCUCCGAUAUGUCCGAUGAACUCAACUGCUUAAGCAUGGAUGUGUCAGGGUUGUUGAGCAGCGUUUACAAGGGCCAGCCUGCUUUCCUCAUCUGCGGCAAUGGAUGGACCGAUCAACACAGCCAUGCCGCUUGUAGGAACAUGGGCUAUAGUAACAGUACACGGACAAAUAUUGUGGGGUUCUCAACCGCAAAGGCUCUAACAUUAGUGAGCGAGGCUCUUUCAACUGGUUAUCAAUUCAUGUCCAACUUCAAAUCUACAACCAACUGUCCAAACAAACAAGUUGUCCAAUUGAGCUGUUACGUUCAAGAAUGUGGCAAGCGAGACAGCUCGUUCGAUCGCAAGGACUCGUACAUAAUAAAUGGGAACAUCGCCAAGCAGUCUGCCUGGCCUUGGCACGUUCAAGUCUACAAGUACUCUGAACUGUUUUGGGGUGUGACCUUGUGUGGAGGUAGCAUCGUGAACGAGCGGUGGGUUCUGACGGCGGCACACUGCGUCUGGGGACAAAAUGCUCCAACGUACACCAGCAGGGUAGAAAUAAUGGUAGGCACGAAUACGAAAUUUGACCCAAACAAGAAAAGGAUUAAAAUUCUAGAAAUUAAAACGUCUCAGUAUAACGACAGCAUCUAUGAGAACGAUUGGGCCCUUUUGAAGUUGGCAGAACCCCUGACGUUCAACAAGUCAGUACAGCCGAUCUGCUUGGCUGACCCCAACAUUGUUGAAUCCUACGAUGUGUGCGUCGUGAUGGGGUACGGACGCACCGAUCCGUCGAUUAGUGAUUCGUCGAGUCAACUACUGAUGGAGGGGAGAAUGAAUCUAAUAACUGCCUCCGAAUGCCAAUUCAACUACAACGCCGCACCUAAUAAUUGGACUUAUCCGUUCAGUCACUACGUGUUCCUUGAGACCCAGUUCUGUGCUGGGAACACGCCAACCUCUAAAGGAACAACAAUCUGCGAUGGAGAUAGUGGAGGCCCAUUGGUGUGUAGAAACUCCAGAUUUCAAUGGACUCAGGUUGGGGUGGUCAGCUUUGUCUUGAAUUUAAAAGACUUCAGCUGCUACCUAUCCGUAUUCACCAGGGUCUCUUAUUAUUAUGGCCAGCUGAUGGCCGCUAUGAAGUGAUUGCAGUGAUUGCAUCUUUUAUUUAUAACCUCUUCGAGUGACAUUCAAUUAAAUAUACAUGUUUAUGUUUACAUAUAUAUACACAUGUUUUUAAAGUUUUCAUGAUGAUAUAAUUCUGUUUGUUUGUGUGUAUGCGUGUGUGCGUGGCGGUGUGUGUGUGCGUGUGUGCGGAUAUACAUUAAGUAACAUGUACGUACAGAACGUAAAUCAUCAUGUUGUUUUGUAUUGUAUUGCUAACACGAAGCUACAACAAACGAGUUAAAGCAAUUAAAUAAAGGAAUCUAAUAAGUA